AUGACGGUGAACACGCCGCUGUGCUUUGGAGGAAAGACGAUCCUGGCUCCAAUGGUGCGAGUGGGAACGUUGCCCAUGCGUCUUCUUGCGCUGGACUAUGGUGCUGAUAUCGUGUACUGUGAGGAGCUGAUUGACAUAAAGAUGCUGCAGUGUAAGAGGGUUAUAAAUGAAGUACUUGAAACGGUGGACUUCGUUGCACCUAAUGAAAGAGUUGUUUUCAGAACUUGUGAAAGGGAGAGGCACAAUGUUGUCUUCCAAAUGGGAUCAGCAGAUGCUGAAAGAGCCCUGGCAGUAGCUAAGCUUGUAGAGAGUGAUGUAGCUGGCAUUGAUGUCAACAUGGGAUGCCCAAAAGAAUAUUCUACUAAGGGAGGUAUGGGAGCAGCACUGCUGUCUGAUCCUGACAAAAUAGAGUCUAUACUGACGACUCUCGUUAAAGGAAUUUGCAAACCAGUAACCUGCAAAAUCCGCAUUUUGCCAUCAGUUGAGGAUACAGUGAAUCUGGUAAAGAGAAUAGAAAAAACUGGUAUUGCUGCCAUUGCAGUCCAUGGGAGGAAGAAGGAGGAGAGGCCUCAACACCCUGUCCAUUGUGAUGUGAUCAAAGCCAUAUCUGAAGCAGUCUCCAUUCCGGUAAUAGCGAAUGGAGGAUCUCAUGACUUCAUCAAAGAAUAUACGGACAUUGAGACCUUCAGGAAAGCAACAGCUGCCUCAUCAGUAAUGAUAGCUCGUGCUGCCAUGUGGAACCCAUCUGUCUUCAGAAAAGAGGGCCUUUUCCCCUUGAAGGAAGUCAUGCAAGAUUACAUCAAAUAUGCAGUGAGAUAUGACAAUCACUAUACCAACACAAAAUACUGUUUGUGUCAGAUGUUAAGAGAACAGCUGGAAACUACUCAGGGUAAGAAGCUGCAUGCUGCACAGUCCACACAGGAGAUCUGUGAAGUCUUUGAAAUGGCUGACUUCUAUGAAGAAACAACAGCUAUUUUCAAAGCAAAGAAAACAUCUUUAGAAGCUGAGACACAAGAUGAAGAUGACCAAAUGGAAGAUCCAGAUGUAAUAAAAAUGGCUGUUAGGUUUGACAAGCGAGAAUAUGCACCACAGAUUACUCCAAAAAUGUAUCUUCUGGAAUGGUGUAGGAAAGAAAAGCAUCCUCAGCCUGUUUAUGAAACGGUUCAAAGACCGCUGGAUAGAUUAUUCUGUUCAGUAGUUACAGUAGCUGAGCAAAAAUACAGAUCAACUCUGUGGGACAAGUCAAAGAAACUAGCAGAACAGGCUGCAGCUAUUGUGUGUCUGAGAACAUUGGGUGUCCCAGAGGGAAAGCUGUGUGAGGGAGAAAAUCAGCUGAUUAACAAACGCAAGAGGGAAGACCAAGAGCGCUUGAAUAACAGAGACCACGGAGAUCUUGCCGAGCCUUCCCAUAAAAAAGCUAAUUUUAUUGAAGGAACUUCUGACUUGAAUGUGCCUAAGAUGCCACGAUAGCGUGGAAAUUAGAGGUUUCAGGCCUAUGCAGCUACAAAUUAGCUGCUAUUUGUAUAUCUUGCUGUUCAUGUUUCAUUUGGAUUCUCUUGGAGACAGAUAAACUCCCCAGUUGUGAAAAAAGCCAAUGAGAUGUUUACUGUUCAGCACUCACUGUCCCUAUGGUGCCUUUCAGACAGGAUCAAUUAGCAACUUGAUUUUAAAGAACGUUGAGAAGAUCAUCCCAAAUAAUAAAUUUUUUUAAAAUAUC